GGCAUAUUAUUUGACACGUCAACUUUUGGUGUUUUUUCGAGAGGGUCGAUGUGGACGUGAAACAUUUUCCCGAGAAAAGGAAAAAAUGUGGAAAUUACUGGUUUUCUUUGCGUUUCUCGCCGUAUCGCGCGCGGCGGAGGACGUAAACCCCAAUUUAAUUAACAAAAACGUUGUGAGAACCAUCGACUUAAACUCACAGCUCGUGAAAAUAUCCGGGACCAUCACUAUCGAAAACACCGGCAAGACCCCAGUUAAUUCCUAUUUAAUCGGGUUCGAAAGGGAUUUGGUGGGCAGCGUUAGCUACAUAGGGGUUCAAGAGUCUCAAAAGAAUCCCCUUAAGGUUUCCCAAGUCUCUGUGAUUGGUCGUGGUACUAGCGAACAGUUUUAUAACGUGCAACUGCGUCAAGCCAUAGAACCCGGAAAAACUUCCACUAUUAUAUUCGAAGUAGUUUUGACAAAAGCUCUCAAUCCUUAUCCUACUAGUAUUGCCCAAAAGGAUAAGCAACUUGUAAGAUAUUUUGGAAAUCACUACUUCUACUCCCCAUAUCCUACUAAAACCCAAAAAACAGAAGUCUUGGUGAGUGCGAGAUCAUUGGAAAACUAUUCCAAGCUAAAACCAGUGAGCCAAAGUGAUUCCACAAUCACUUACGGACCAUAUGAAAACAUUGACCCAUUUUCCAUUAACCCUCUUACAGUCCAUUAUGAGAACAAUGCACCAUUUUUAACAGUGACCAAGGUGGAGAGGACCAUUGAAAUAUCCCACUGGGGCAACAUUGCAGUGGAAGAGAGCAUCGAAAUCAGACAUACAGGGGCCAAACUGAAGGGCUCCUUCUCCAGAUAUGACUAUCAAAGGGAUUCAAACACAAACCACCACAGUAUUAAGAGUUACAGGACCAUUUUGCCUGCAUUGGCUCAUAACAUUUACUAUAGGGACAUGAAUGGUAAUAUUUCAACAUCUUCUGUUAAACCUCGCAAGGAUUAUAUUGAGUUGGAGCUGAAACCGAGAUUUCCACUGUUUGGUGGAUGGCAGAGUUCAUAUAUCUUAGGCUACAGUGUUCCAAGUUAUCCCUACCUCUUCAAGAAGCCAUCAGGCGAAUUUAUUCUGAAAAUUCGUCUCUUAGAUCAUAUCUUUGAUGAUAUGGCUGUAGAUGAAGUGGAAACCAACAUUGUUUUACCUGUGGGAGUAUCGGAUGUGAAAGUAAAAACCCCUUAUGAGGUUAAAAGGCUGCCUGACGGAGUUACUUAUAAAUAUUUAGAUAAUCUUGGUAGAAACGUUAUUAGGGCUAGUAAAAGCAACCUUGUAGAGCAACAUAUCCAGGACAUCGAGGUGACUUAUACAUGGAAGAGCCAUUUCUUGCUCCAUGAGCCAGUUUUGGUGUCGAUAGCGUUGUUUUUUAUUUUUGUGGUGGUAAUUAUUUAUGUACGGUUAGAUUUCUCCAUUGGCAAGCCGGAACACUCUAAAAAGGAGUGACCCUUAAUUGUGUUUUUGUGAUAUGUUCAUAGUUUUUUUAUAGAAGAGGUUUUUAAGAACAGAGGGUGGCAUCCUGGGCAAGAUUUUCUAUAAAAACACAACACUAAAAAAAAGUACAAUAAAUAAGGACAUAUUGUUUUAGGAUAAGAUUGCAUUUCACUCUUUUGUACCUAUUUUAAAUAGUAAUAAAUGUGAAUAAAUGUUUUUUGUAAGACUGGCUUAAGUGGUGAAUGUAUUCAUAAAAUGCAUAAUUUUUCCUUAAUAAUUUAUAUUAAACCUUUUGAAGUAUCACUCAGAUUGUUUUAACAUCUAAUGUUAGCCACUUUGUUGAAAUAAAGUUGAAAAACUGAA